AUGGAUAGUCAGCAGCAGAGAAGGAGGAAGCAAGAGAAGCCGCGUCACGUAAACAAUAAUGAUGACGACGUUGGUCAGUCAACGGCGCCUGUGGUCGAUUCCUCAGUUACAGCUGCUUUAGCGGCAACUACAUCGGCCGCAAACCAAACUAGCGAUACAAAAGUCAUUGCAAAUGCAUCACAUGCUACACCUAUGUUAGCGCCGAACCCCGAAACAAUUAAGAAAACUGUUUCUAAGCCAGCAACGACUUCAAAAACAAAACUAAAGAAAAACAGAACAACACCUACAACGGUAGAAUCAUCAACAACAACAAUGAAUUCACCAAUGACACCGACUGCCCCAACAGCGCAGCAUCCAAAUUUAUUCCAACAUCUCUCAAACGCAAGCAACCUUGCCACAACAUUUCCCCUCUACCCACCAACGUUACCACUGCUGCUGCCAAUAAAAUCACCACUUGUUCACAAUGCUACUGUUGCUGCUGUAGCAACCACAGAUGCUGCAACUACAACUGCUGCUACUACUACUACUACUAGUAUGCUAAAGACUAAUCAGAUUUUAAAUGAACAAGCAAUUACUAACAGUACUACCUCAAAUACUCCAGUUGUUUGCAAUACUUUUGACAUUAUUAUACCAGGCUCGUUACCUCAAUACCUACAACAUAGUUCUCAAAUGCAACAGCAGUUACUACAACAACAGCAACAACAACAUCACCCGCAUCACCAUCCACACCAUGAUGAAAAAAUGGAUGAACACGAUGAGGACCACGACGACGAUGAUGAUGAUGAUAUGAAUUGUAAUGUAGCUGAUGAUGAAGAUGACGAUGAUGAUAAACAGGCGAUUCCUGAUAGCGAUCCUCUAAAAGGCGUACACGCAGACAAAUUCUCACACAUGCGUUUACACAGACAUAGCCACGAACAUAGUUCUUAA